CUCCCUCCGAGACGUUGGGGUUGUUCGUGGCGGCCUUGUGGCCCUGCCUAACCUGGGCGUUGUGAGCCUCGGCGCUGUUGGCCUCUCCGCUUUGCUCCAUCUCUUCGAGACGAGCCUGGGCACGCUCCUUGGCCUCCUCAGAGCUGUUGGGGUUGGAGACAGCAGCCUUGAGGCCGCGGGCAACACGACGUUCACAACCGUCAUCGAGGACAUGUUCGAUUCACGUCGCCUUCCUUUUCGGGUGCAACACCGCGCUUCGGCGGGACGAUCCUGCGAGCGAGAUGAUGUCAUAGACGCGAUGUCCGCACUGACGCGACGAUGCCGCCGCCGCCAUUCGCCUUGCCCGCUUCACACCUGGACUAGUGUUUUGGACAGCAAGUGGGCUUACCGCCUGAAGUUGAAUCGCAUGCGCGGCGUCCGAAGUUGCGGCUGGAAGUACAUGCACACACCGGAUGGGGAGCGCGGUUAA